CAGAUUUUAACAUUUUAAUUCUAACCACACACACCAGCAGGGUGGAUGAGUAAUGGCUUACCGAAGGACUCCUUUCAGAGAGAGAAAAAAGUCACUUCAGCAAAUGCAGAUCUGGGAAAACGAAACUGAAAUCAAAUCUGCAGACUUCCUUCUCCCCACCUUCACCAGUUUCAGCACACCCAUACUGAAAAACACUCUGCCAUUUCUGAGCCAAUUAGAGCUCAGACUGAAGUGGAAGCAGAGGAGAAAAGUGCAUAAAAACCUGACUGAAAAAAAAAAAAGUGUUUUUCUCUAACCUAAAAGAAAGAAGAAAACACAGACAUUUGAAUGCCUCCUACACUGAAAUACAUGAUUUUCCUGUAGUUUAUGUAGAAGAACUUUGCAAGAAAAAUCUGGUGUUAUUUCCUUCAUGCCCUGCUGCUUCGAGAUACAAACUAUUUUUUAAGAAACUUGGUAUUGAUGCAAUGGUGGAGUAGAAGGACCCUAAGCUCACCUCCUGAAUGCACCCAAAUCACUAUCUGAAGAAUUAUCUGCAGAACAACCGUCAUUGAAACACACUGAAACCUACUAGAAAAGAUCCUCUACAACUAAAGACAUAACAACAACUAAAGCCCAUCCCCCCCCCCAGGUAUCAGAAUGGCAGCACAACUUAACUUACCAGAAAAUACAGAUGACUGGACAAAAGAGGAUGUAAAUCAGUGGUUAGAAAGUCAUAAAAUUGAACAAAAACACAGAGCAAUUUUGACUGCACAAGAUGUGAAUGGUAGAAAUUUGAAGUACUUAACUAAAGAUCACCUUGUUGCUAUGGGCAUAACAUUUGGACCAGCUAUCCAAAUAGAGCAUCUCUUCAAAGAGUUGCUGGAGACAUCCUCUGGAGAUCCUUUCCAGACAUGUAAGAGUGGAAAAGGCAGUAAAAGUGUUCCUAAAACACAUGAGAAAGAUGGAGAGACUUCAAAACAAAAGAAUAAAAAGAAAUCAGAUAAGGUUAAUGACUCUACAGUGAGUACAGUUACUAAAGGUUCUAAGUCACUGAAAAAUGAGUUCAUGGAAGAUGAAAUAGAUGACACAAAGAAAAAGCAGCCAUCCACAGAGCCGACAUGCGUGUCAUACCCUUUUGAUGAAUUCAGUGAUCCAUAUCGUUACAAAUUGAAUUUUAAACUGCAGCCUGAAACAGGACCACUCAAUCUCAUUGAUCCAAUACAUGAAUUCAAAGCCUUCACAAACACAGAAACAGCCACAGAAGAGGAUGCUAAAAUGAAAUUUAGCAAUGAGGUUUUCCGAUUUGCUUCUGCUUGUAUGAACUCACGUACCAACGGCACCAUUCAUUUUGGAGUCAAGGACAAACCUCAUGGAACAAUUGUUGGCGUGGAAUUUACCACCAUCACCAAGGAAGCUCUCAUUGACCACUUCAAUCUGAUGAUCCACCAAUAUUUUGAAGACCAUCAGGUCCAAAAAGCAAAGAACUGCAUUCGAGAGCCAAGAUUUGUAGAAGUUUUACUGCCAAAUAGUUCUCUAUCUGACAGAUUUGUUAUUGAAGUGGAUGUUGUUCCAAAAUAUUCUGAAUGUGAAGUUGAUUAUUUCCAGAUUAAAAUGCAAAAUUACAGCAACACAAUAUGGAAACAAAGUCCAAAAUUCUCAGUCUUUGUGCGAGAUGGGGCCAGUUCUAAGGACAUCAUGAAAAGUAAUGCAGAUUUCAAAGCAUUUAAAUUAGAUUUGAAAAAACUGGCGGAAUCUAGGAAAGAGGCAGAAGAGAAAUGCAGAGUAAAAAUAACUAAAAAAGAGAGCGAGGGGCCAAAGCUUGUUAAAUUGUUGACUGGAAAUAAGGAUUUGUUAGAUAAUUCAUACUACGACUGGUACAUUCUUGUAAUAAACAAAUGCCAUCCUACACAAACCAAACACUUAGAUUUCCUAAAGGAAAUUAAAUGGUUUGCUGUGUUGGAGUUUGAUCCUGAAUCUGUGAGCAAGGGUGUGGCCAAAGCAUAUAAAGAAACCCGAGUAGCAAAUCUUCACUUCCCAAGUUUGUAUGUGGAGGGGAAAACCACAAAUGAGAAGAUUGCUAGUCUGAAUCUUUAUCAACAACUCAGCUGGAUUUUCUGCAAUGGCCGGUUAGAUCUUGACAGUGAAAAGUAUAAACCCUUAGAUGCAAGUUCCUGGCAAAGAGAAAAAGCGUCUGAAGUCAGGAAACUGAUAUCAUUUCUUACCCAAGAAGACAUAAUGCCAAGAGGGAAGUUUUUGGUGGUAUUUCUAUUACUCUCCUCCGUUGAUGACCCAAGAGACCCCCUCAUUGAGACCUUCUGUGCUUUCUACCAAGAUCUCAAAGGAAUGGAAAAUAUAUUGUGUAUUUGUGUAAAUUCACGCAUAUGUCAGGGAUGGAAAGAUCUACUUGAAGCAAGAUUAACAACACAGCAAGAUGAAUUAUCAAACCAAUGUAUUUCUUCUUUAAGUCUUGAAGAGAUAAAUGGAACUAUUCUUAAGCUAAAAUCUGUGACUCAAUCUUCCAAGAGAUUUUUACCAUCUGUUGGUUCAUCUACUGUCCUUCUGAAAAAAGAAGAAGAUAUCAUGACUGCUCUGGAAAUUCUCUGUGAAAAUGAAUGUGAAGAUACAAUCUUAGAGAAGGACAAAAAAAAAUUACUUGAAUUCAAAGCAUUGAAAGAGGAAGAUUUUUAUCGAGGUGGCAAAGUAACAUGGUGGAAUUUCUACUUUUCUUCUGAAAACUAUUCUUCCCCUUUUGUGAAAAGGGAUAAAUAUGAAAAACUUGAAGAAAUGAUUCAAAGAGGGGCAGAUUCUUCUAAGUCGACGUGUGUCAAAAUUAUUCAUCUGUAUCAUCAUCCGGGCUGUGGUGGGACUACGUUGGCCAUGCACAUUCUCUGGGAACUAAGGAAGAAAUUCAGAUGUGCUGUACUGAAAAACAAGACAGUGGAUUUUUCUGAAAUUGGAGAACAAGUGACUAAUUUAAUAACCUACGGGACAACAAAUAAUCAGGAAUACUUACCUAUAUUGCUGCUUGUCGAUGACUUUGAAGAACAGGAUAAUGUCUAUCUCCUGCAGGCUUCUAUUCACACAGCUGUAGCUAAUAGGUUUAUUCGAUAUGAGACACCUCUAGUGAUCAUCCUAAAUUGCAGGAGAUCACAGAAUCCUGAAAAAAGUGCAAAGAUCUCAGACAGUAUUGCCCUAAUACAACAACUGUCUCCCAAGGAACAGAGAGCUUUUGAGCUUAAAUUGAAAGAAAUUGAAGACCAGCAUAAAAACUUUCAAGAUUUUUAUUCCUUCAUGAUUAUGAAAACCAACUUUAAUAAAAAGUACAUAGAAGAUGUGGUCAGGAAUAUCCUGAAAGAACAAAAUAUUUCCACCAAGGAAGCAAAGCUUUUUUCCUUUCUGGCCCUUCUUAACUCAUACGUGCCAGAUACCACCAUUUCAUUAUCACAGUGUGAAAAGUUCCUAGGAAUCACAAACAAGAAAGCUUUCUGGGGAACAGAAAAAUUUGAAGACAAAAUGGGCACCUACUCUACAAUUCUAAUAAAAACAGAGGUGGUAGAAUGUGGUAACUACUGUGGAGUACGCAUUAUUCACCGUUUGAUUGCCAUUCGUUCAUUGGAAGAGUUGAAGAUAAGCUAUGACUUGGAUAAGAGUCAAAUUAUGCUGGAUAUGCUAACAGAAAAUUUGUUCUAUGAUACUGGAAUAGGAAGAAGCAAAUUUUUAGAAGAUGUGCAAACAUUGCUGCUCACAAGACAGCGCAAUGAAAAUGAAGGUGAAUUAGGAACUUGGUUUUCCCCGUUCAUUGAAGCAUUACAUAGAGAUGAAGGGAAUGUGGCAGUUAAAACUGUAUUACUUGAAGGCAUUCGUCGGUUCAACCCAAAUGCAUUCAUUUGCCAAGCCUUGGCAAGACAUUUCUACAUUAAAGAGAAGGACUUUCACAGUGCUCUACAAUGGGCAAAGCAAGCAAAAAAGAUAGAACCUGACAAUUCUUAUAUCUCAGAUACACUGGGUCAAGUCUUCAAAAGUAAAAUAAGAUGGUGGAUAGAAGAUAAUGAAAGAAACAGGAGCAUUUCUGUUGAAGAGCUAUCUGAGCUUUUGGAUUUAGCAGUACAUGCCUCAAAUGCAUUCAAGGAAUCUCAACAGCAAAGUGAGGAUAGAGAGUAUGAAGUUAAGGAAAGGUUUUACCAGAAGUCAAAAAGGCGGUAUGAUACUUACAAUAUAGCUGGCUAUCAAGGGGAGAUAGAAGUUGGGCUCUACACAAUCCACAUUCUCCAGUUCAUUCCUUUUUUUGACAAUAAAAAUGAACUGUCUAAAAGAGAUAUGAUCAACUUUAUAUCAGGAAGUAAAGACAUUCCUGGAGACCCAAACAAUGAAUUUAAAUUAGUCCUCAAGAACUUUAUUUCUUACCUAACCAAUUUGAAAUUUUCUUUGAAAAAGUCCUUUGAUUUUUUUGAUGAAUACUUUGUCCUUCUAAAACCUAGGAACAAUAUUAAGCAAAAUGAAGAGGCCAAAACACGGAGAAAGGUGGCUGGGUAUUUUAAGAAGUAUGCAGAUAUAUUUGGCCCCUCAGAGGAAUUACAGAACACAGAUUUUGGCCCAAAGCUUAGUUUGCCACUUCAGGUAGAGCUGUAUCGGAGAAGACUGGAAGUUUUAAAAGCGGACAAGUUUUCUGGACUCUUGGAAUAUCUUAUCAAAUCUCAAGAAGAUGCCAUACACACCAUGGAAGAUAUAAUGAACAAAUAUACUUUUCUCUUUGAACAAUGCGCUGUCAGAAUCCCGCCAAAGGAAAAGCAAAAUUUCAUCCUGGCCAACAUCAUUCUCUACUGUAUUAAACCAACCUCCAAAAUAGUGAAGCCAAUUAAAAAACUGAAAGAACAGCUUCGAGAAGUCUUACAACAAGCAGGAAUGUCAUGUCGGUAUCCAGAACCUUAUUUCCUAGCUUCCCUCUUAUUCUGGCCAGAAAACCAACAACUAGAUCAAGAUUCUAGACUAAUGGAAAAGUAUGCUCGGUCACUGGAAAAUUCUUUUCGGGGACAAUAUAAGCAUAUGUAUCGUAUAAAGCAACCAAUUGCUUAUUUCUUUCUUGGGAAAGGUAACAAUAUGAACAGACUUGUUCACAAAGGAAAAAUUGAUCAAUGUUUUGAAAAGACAGCUGAUAUUAAUUCCUUGUGGCAGAGUGGAGAUGUAUGGAAGGAGAAAAAAGUCCAAGAGCUUUUGCUUCGGUUAAAGGGACGAGCUGAAAAUAAUUGUUUAUACAUAGAAUAUGGAAUCAAGGAAAAAAUCACAAUACCCAUCACACCUGCUUUUCUGGGUCAACUCAGAAGUGGCAGAAGCAUAGAAAAAAUAUCUUUUUACCUGGGAUUUUCCAUUGGAGGACCACUUGCUUAUGACAUUGAGAUUAUUUAAGAGUUUGGCCUUCUCCCUCCAGGAAUAUGGACAAAAUGCCACUUAAUUUUUGAGACCCAAGAAGUAUACUUUUUUUUUUUUUUUUGGAGGAUAAUUGCUUUUCAGUGUUGUGGUGGUCUCUUCUGUGAAUCAGCCAUAAUUAUCCCUUCCCUUUUUAGUCUCGCUCUUCCCCACUCCCCACCCAUUUUACCCACCUAGGUGAUCACAGAGCACCAAACUGGACUCUGUGUGUUACACAGCAGUUCCCCGCUGGUUUACUGUUUUACACAUGAUAGUGUAUAUAUGUCAUUGCUACUUUCUCAAUUUGUCCUACCCUCUCCUUCUCCCACCAUACUUUAAAUUGGCAAAUUUAUAGAUACAGCCUCUAUUUUUUUGGCCCUGUGAAUACAGUAUUUAUAUUUCCUUGUAAGCAUGUUGUAAGUCCCACAUCGAUUGUGAUGAGAAAGCAAGGAAUGAGAGAUGUGAAAACUAUCUCCUAUCUUCCUUGGCUUGGACAACACCACUGAGGGCAGAAUAAGAAGGAGCCGGAUGGAACUGGGCUUCCCAGGUGGCUCAGUGGUAAAGAAUCUGCCUGCCAAGCAAGGGACACAAGAGACAUGCAUUCAGUCCCUGGGUCAGGAAGAUCCCCUGGAGAAAGAAAUGGCAACCCACUCUAAUAUUCUUGCCUGGGAAAUCCCAUGGACAGAGGAACCUGGCAUGCUACAUUCCAUGGGGUCGCAGAAGAGUAGGACACGACUUAGUGACUAAACAACAACAACAUGGAAGGAAUGAGAAGCAGUGAAUGUAAUCAUUCAGCUGCACAGAAACCCACCAUUCCCUCAAUUAACCAACCAAGGCAUGGAUUGAGGAAGAUUGUCUACUUUCUUCUUAAAUGUGAAAAUUUUCACAUAACCAAAAGACAAUGGUUAUGGUACCAAGACAUUAUAAUAUCUGCAAAACUAUUUCACAAAAAAGGUGAAAACCUCUCAACAAUAACAUUUAAUCUUACCAGGAAGACUGGAAAGGUACUCUGUACUUGGCACUGAAGGAUCUUUCAGAGCAGAGGACCAACCAGUUCUCUGAAGGUCAUAGCCAUAGAAGUAUGCAGAUCUUACCAAAGUAGGUUGGAGAAGCAGGCUUCCUUUUCAUGAAGUAGGUGACAAUUGAGCAGAAGUGAAUUUUGUUUCUAUAGCUAAGAAGCUCAUAGGCUUCCAAACAAACAAAAAUACAGCAAAAUUCCAAAGCUAAGGAAUAAAAAGGACUCUUGUGAAAAGAUUAAUGAGUCCCCAAUCCAGGGGAUCCCAUUGUUCUAGCAAGUAUACAUAUAACCAAUGCACAACCAAUGAUAGGUCAUCAAAAUGUCAUUUUCCCUAAUAGAAUUAUGGAUCUGGGAAAUCGUCAGUGGUUACUAAAACUGAUUUUUUUUAGAAAGCUGAUAAAGAACUAUAAUAGAUGAGUCAAACUGUCCUAAAUGCUGAUCAAUAUUAACGUUGCUGAGAGAGGCCCAGACAUUACUGUCCUGGAAGCGCUAUAGGAGUGCACACUAGAACCCUGAGACAGUCUCACUAAUUAAAUGAACCUGAAUCUAAUCAAACCUCUGGAUCUUACUUCCAAUAUAAAGGAAAUACAGACAUUGGAUAUGUUUCUAAGUAAUUCUGUGUAUGGGAUACGGAGAUGGAUAAAAGAGAGUAGAUGGACAUUAUAGCUGCAACAAGAUUGAACCAGAGUUAACAACUGCUAUGUUAUGAGGACAUGAGAGGUCAUCAGACUCUGCUCUUCUCUUUGGACUGUGCUUUUGAAGUUUUCUGUUAUAAAAUAUUUGUAAAACCAACAAGAAAUGCUGUUUGUUUUUGCCUUAACAGUCCCAUUCAAUUUUUUUCACUGGAGGAGGUUUUUCCUUUGCUCCUGCAUGAAAUUUCAGCUUCAUAACUUAUUGGCUCACUCUUGGCAUAAAAUAAUCCUCUGUUCAAACACAGUCUCAAUUUACAGAUGAGAAGGUCAAGUCACAAUAAUUUCUCUGGGGCCACUUCCCAUACUGUUCCAAGUUUUGUUCUACUCUACAGAGAAUAGUCUCUGUUGGAGUCCUCUCACCUUCCCAGGUGUUCCUUUUGAACUCAGACCAGCUUAGGCAGGUACGUGAGAAGCACUUACGGAUGUUUGUUCUACCAUUGGUUCAGAGUGCAUCUAACGUCCAGUCUUGAGAACAACAUGCCCCAUAUAGCCAAGAGGAUGCAUCAAGCAUGCCACAUGGUCCUCUUGAAGCCUCCUCCCCACCUCCCAGGCUCAGGAUGAGAGUCUCAUGGUGCUUGGGAGAAUUUUCACCAAAAGAGCCUGUUGAUAAACCCUCUCUUCCUCAAUGCCAGCAGUGGACAAGCUACAGCUUGUGGGCCAAAUCCAGCCUGUCAUUUACUUUUAAAUAAAGUUUUAUUGGAACACA